AUGACGGUGGUGUGUAUUUGGCCAGAUUACAUUUCUCUGGGCCUUGGAAUGGAGAGUCAUUGUCAGAAAUAAACCAAUGAUGAAUAACAGUUGUGUCGUAAGGUCAUUCUCUAAAAUCUCUGUUUUUUUUAUUUUUUUUAUCUGUCUCCCAAGUCCAAUUCCUGAAAUCCACAGAACUCGGCCGCCAGAGUCUUCUGUACCUGAAAGAGAUAGGCAAUGGCUGGUUCGGAAAGGUAAGACCACUCACUCCCUCCUCACUUCUACUCGUCAAUUCUUUUUGGGUGUAUUUUACGGGUUAUUUUCACUGUGCUGGAGGCCACUGUACUGAGUUAUGAGAGGUAGCUAGAUGAAAUGUUCUGUCAACUUUGGCAGGGUCACGGUUGUUAUGUGCUGAGCUGUGAUCCCAGGCGUGUUUAGGAGUCCGCCUGUUUAAAUGGCUGACACGCUGCAUUACCUGGAAUGUGUGUGUAACGGUACUGCUGGGGCUGAUCCCCAUGCCUUUGAUGUCUACCUGACUGACUGACACGCUGCCUGGUACAGAGAGGUUAUUAGCAGCGCUAUUUAGUGGUUUAGGGCAAGGGCAAAAUGCAAUUAUUGACAGUGAAAAAGGUGGGACUGUUCCCUCGUCAUAUAAUUGGUACAUUUACUAUCAAUAUAGCAUUACAAAUUGUUUUACAGAUUGCAUUUUGGCAACAACAAAAAAAUCUUGAUGCGAAUAUUGGAUCGCGAUUGAAACAACCUGGUUCAAUUUGGGUCCAGAGGCAAAACCAGUUGAGAACCACAGAAGUAAAGUGUUAUCACAAGGUCUUCCAUGCAAGCGUCUUACUCUGUUGGGUUGGGAAUUAGCUACUGUAACACUAGAUAACUGAUUCUUGUCAUUCUCUCAUUCCCUCCCGCUCUCUGUUUCUUUGUCUGUUUCUUCUCACACUCAUGCACACACACUUUCCCCACACUUGUGUACCUUGACUGGGGUAUGUCCAUUCGUGUGCGUGUGUGUGUGUCUCUGUGACCGCAUGCAUACCUCUCUGCAUACCUCUCUGCAUACCUCUGUAUCUCCUGGUCUGUCUCUUGUUGGUCUCUUUAUGAAUCUGCAUGUCCUGUGUAUGCCUCUCUGUCUAUCUCUCUAUUUCCUGUGUAUGCCUCUCUGUGUAUCUCUCUAUUUCCUGUGUAUGCCUCUCUGUCUCUGUGUAUCUCUCUAUUUCCUGUGUAUGCCUCUCUGUCUCUGUGUAUCUCUCUAUUUCCUGUGCAUCUCUCUAUUUCCUUGCAUUUGUGUGACUGUCUACCUUUCACCUGAAUGUGUGCGUAUCCUCCUCAACCAUGUUUGUCCUCCACAAUCAUCACCUCCGCGUGUGUUUGUACUGUUUGGGAAUAAUUUUUUGUGUGCCUUUCCUCUGUCUGUGUCUCCUCUCUCUCUCUGUCUGUGUCUCUCUGUCUGUGUCUCUGUCUUCCAUUCCUCCCCAUCUCUGUGUGUCUCCCCUGUGUGUGUGUCUGCAUUGCUCCCAUACCAGGUUCUCCUGGGGGAGGUGAAUGCGGGCCUCAGCACCACCCAGGUGGUGGUUAAGGAGCUGAAGGCCAGUGCCAGUGUUCAGGACCAGAUGCACUUCCUGGAGGAGGUCCAGCAAUACCGGUGAGAGAUGUCUCUUUCAUCCUUUUAGAUCCUUUAUUAUGACUAAACUCUCUUUGUUCAGUCUCAUUAUAAUGUUAAUCUCCCUUUGUUCAGUUUCAAUUUCAUUAUAGUGUUAACCUCCCUUUGUUCAGUUUCAGUUUCAUUAUAGUGUUAACCUCCCUUUGUUCAGUUUCAGUUUUAUUAGUGUUAACCUCCCUUUGUUCAGUUUCAGUUUCAUUAGUGUUAACCUCCCUAUGUUCCAUUUCAGUUUCAUUAGUGUUAACCUCCCUUGUUUCAGUAUAGUGUUAGCCUCCAUUUGUUCAGUUUCAUUAUAGUGUUAACCUCCCUUUGUUCAGUUUCAGUUUCAUUAUAGUGUUAACCUCCCUAUGUUCCAUUUCAGUUUCAUUAGUGUUAACCUCCCUAUGUUCCAUUUCAGUUUCAUUAGUGUUAACCUCCCUUGUUUCAGUAUAGUGUUAGCCUCCAUUUGUUCAGUUUCAUUAUAGUGUUAACCUCCCUUUGUUCAGUUUCAGUUUCAUUAUAGUGUUAAUCUCCCUUUGUUCAGUUUCAGUCUCAUUAUAGUGUUAAUCUCCCUUUGUUCAGUUUCAGUCUCAUUAUAGUGUUAACCUCCUUUUGUUCAGUCUCAUUAUAGUGUUAACCUCCUUUUGUUCAGUUUCGAUUACAUUGUAGUGUUAACCUCCCUUUGUUCAGUUUCAGUUUCAUUAUAGUGUUAAUCUCCCUUUGUUCAGUUUCAGUCUCAUUAUAGUGUUAACCUCCCUUUGUUCAGUUUCAGUCUCAUUGUAGUGUUAAUCUCCCUUUGUUCAUUUUCAGUCUCAUAGUGUUAACCUCCUUUUGUUCAGUUUCAUUAUAGUAUUAAUAACCACCCUUUUUUCACUUUCAAUUACAUUAUAGUGUUAACCUCCCUUUGUUCAGUUUCAGUUUUAUUAGUGUUAACCUCCCUAUGUUCCAUUUCAGUUUCAUUAGUGUUAACCUCCCUUGUUUCAGUAUAGUGUUAGCCUCCAUUUGUUCAGUUUCAUUGUAGUGUUAACCUCCCUUUGUUCAGUUUCAGUUUCAUUAUAGUGUUAAUCUCCCUUUGUUCAGUUUCAGUCUCAUUAUAGUGUUAAUCUCCCUUUGUUCAGUUUCAGUCUCAUUAUAGUGUUAAUCUCCCUUUGUUCAGUUUCAGUCUCAUUGUAGUGUUAAUCUCCCUUUGUUCAGUUUCAGUCUCAUUGUAGUGUUAAUCUCCCUUUGUUCAUUUUCAGUCUCAUAGUGUUAACCUCCUUUUGUUCAGUUUCAUUAUAGUAUUAAUAACCACCCUUUUUUCACUUUCAAUUACAUUGUAGUGUUAACCUCCCUUUGUUCAGUUUCAUUGUAGUGUUAAUCAGCAUUGAAACUGGUUCGUAAUUUGUAUAACUCAAACCCCAGAGUUGAUUGAAGGCCAAGUCCUGUCACUUUAGUUGUUAUGACAGUGCUUUCUGCCUCUACUAACUCUCUGCCAUUGUGACAGUGCUUUCUGUCUCCACUAACUCUCUGCCAUUGUGACAGUGCUUUCUGUCUCCACUAACUCUCUGCCAUUGUGACAGUGCUUUCUGUCUCCACUAACUCUCUGCCAUUGUGCCCUUCUGUCUCCAGUGCCCUCCAGCACCCAGCCCUCCUACAUUGCCUGGCGCAGUGCACUGAGGUCACCCCCUACCUGCUUAUCAUGGAGUUCUGCUCUCUGGUGAGUACUGGACUGGAUUGGACUGUCAUUUGCACCACUGUAUAUAGACCUAUCUGUCUGUGGCCAUUGCAGUCAGUAGCCUGCUGGACUAGCUGGAGUCCAAUUUCUACAGGAUCUCUCUAUGACCGCUGCAGACAGUGUACAGUUUGACAAUCAUCAUGGACUGGACUGGACUGAACUGUCACUGCACCACUGUGUCUCUCUGUCUCCGGACAUUGUAGUCAGUCUAAGACAGGGUUUCCCUAGCACUACACAUCUGAUUCAUUAAUCAAAGCUUGAUGAUGAGUUGGUUAUUUGAAUCAGCUGUGUAGUGCUAGGGCGAAAAACAAAACGUGCACGGGGGGGGGGGGGGGGGGGGGGCGAUAGAUUAUAUUUGGAUGCAUUCGACUGCCCCCCAGUGGCCAGAUAUUGUAUUGCUGGCUGAGUGGGCAAUCUGAGGGGAGAUCUACAUUUUUUACAUUUGAGUUAUUUAACAGAAGCUCUUAUCCAGAUACAUUUUUGUACUGGUCCCCCGUGGGAAUUGAACCCACAACCCUGGCGAUGCAAGCGCCAUGCUCUACAAACUGAGCUACACGGGACUACCUACCUACACUCAUUGACAGGACAUUUCACUUCCAGAAAGUCCUUCAGACUACAGUACCUUGUGAGCUAAUUGUACUGUAACUACUUGUGUAAGCAUCAUCCUUUAUUCACUAUAACUGUGUCAAUAUCUAUUAUAUCUCUAAUAUAUCCACCUGGGUGGGGGUCAAUUCCAUUUAAAUUCCAGUCAAUUCAGGAAGUACACUGAAAUUCCAAUUCUCUUCAAUGCUUUUUAAUUAGACAAAUGUGGAAUUAUAUUUUUGUUUACUUUCUGAAUUGACUGGCAUUUUUAUGGAAUUGACCCCAACUCUGAUCACCACCAUAUCUCCUCCAUGUCACCAGGGUGAUGUGAAAGGGUACCUGCGGAGCUGUCGGGCUGCAGACACAAUGACCCCUGAACCCCUGAUCCUGCAGAGGAUGGCCUGUGAGAUCGCCUCAGGACUCCUGCACCUGCACAAACACAACUUCAUACACAGGUGCGUGUCACUCCCUCCCUCUGUCUCUGCCACUAUCUGUCGAUUGAUUGAUUUCCAUUCGUCAGUAAAACAACAACAUAUACAUACAACAAACGUGACCAGGAAGUCAGAGACUCAUUUUAGUUGUGGUCCCUAUCCCUAGUGUAUAUAUCUAUAUAUACACGGUACCAGUCAAAAGUUUGGACACACCUACUCAUUCAAGGGUUUUUCUUUAUUUUUACUAUUUUCUACAUUGUAGAAUAAUAGUGAAGACAUCAAAAUUAUGAAAUAACACACAUGGAAUCAUGUAGUAAAAAAAAAAAGUGUUAAACAAAUCUAAAUAUAUUGUAUAUUUGAGAUUCUUCAAAGUAGCAAUCCUUUGCCUUGAUGACAGCUUUGCACACUCUUGGCAUUCUCCCAACCAGCUUCAUGAGGUAGUCACCUUGAAUGCAUUUAAAUUAACAGGUGUGCCUUCUUAAAAGUGAAAUUGUGGAAUAUCUUUCCUUUUUAAUGUGUUUGAGCCAAUCAGUUGUAGGGGUGGUAUAGACCAAGUCCAUAUUAUGGCAAGAACAGCUCAAAUAAGCAAAGAGAAACAACAGUCCAUCAUUACUUUAAGAGAUGAAGGUCAGUUAAUCCAGAACAUUUCAAGAACUUUGAAAGUUUCUUCAAGUGCAGUUGCAAAAACCUUCAAGUGCUAUGAUGAAACUGGCUCUCAUGAGGACCGCCACAGGAAAGGAAGACCCAGAGUUACCUCUGCUGCAGAGGAUAAGUUCAUUAGAGUUACCAUCCUCAGAAAUCGGCAAUUAACAGCACCUCAGAAUGCAGCCCAAAUAAAUGCUUCACGGAGUUCAAGUAACAGUCACAUCUCAACAUCAACUGUUCAGAGGAGACUGCCUGAAAUCAGGCCUUCAUGGUCGAAUUGCUGCAAAGAAACCACUACUAAAGGACACCAAUAAUAAGAAGAGACUUGAUUGGGCCAAGAAACACGAGCAAUGGACAUUAGAAAGGUGGAAAUCGGUCCUUGGGUCUGAUGAGGCCAAAUUUGAGAUUUUUGGUUCCAACCGCCGUGUCUUUGUGAGACGCAGAGUAGGUGAAUGGAUUAUCUCUGCUUAUGUGCUUCCCACCAUGAAGCAUGGACGAGGAAGUGUGAUGGUGUUUUGCUGGUGACACUGUCUGUGAUGUAUUUAGAAUUCAAGGCACACUUAACCAGCAUGGCUACCACAGCAUUCUGCAGCGAUACGCAAUCCCAUCUGGUUUGCGCUUAGUGGGACUAUCAUUUGUUUUUCAACAGGACAAUGACCCAAAACACACCUCCAGGCUGUGUAAGGGCUAUUUGACCAAGAAGGAGAGUGAUGGAGUGCUGCAUCAGAUGACCUGGCCUCCACAAUCACCCGACCUCAACCCAAUUGAGAUGGUUUGGGAUGAGUUGGACCGCAGAGUGAAGGAAAAGCAUUCCAGGUGACUACCUCAUGAAGCUGGUUGAGAGAAUGCCAAGAGUGUGCAAAGCUGUCAUCAAGGCAAAGGGUGGCUACUUUGAAGAAUCUCAAAUAUAAAAUAUAGUUUUAUUUGAUUCCAUAAGUGAAAAUAGUAAAAAUAAAGAAAAGCCUUGAAUGAGUAGAUGUUUUAAAACGUUUGACCGGUAGUAUAUAUAUAUAUAUAUAUAUAUAUAUAUAUAUAUAUAUAUAUAUAUAUACACACAGUACCAGUCAAAAGUUUGGGAACACCUACUCAUUCAAGGGUUUUUCUUAAUUUUUACUAUUUUUUACAUUGUAGAAUAAUAGUGAAGACAUCAAAACUAUGAAAUAACACAUAUGGAAUCAUGUAGUAACCAGAAAAGUGUUAAACAUUUGAGAUUCUUCAAAUAGCCACCUUUGCCUUGAUGACAGCUUUGCACACUCUUGGCAUUCACUCAACCAGCUUCAUGAGGUAGUCACCUGGAAUGCUUUCCCAACAUUCUUGAAGGAGUUCCCACAUAUGCUGAGCACUUGUUGGCUGCUUUCCAAAUAAAGAAAAACCCUUGAAUGAGUAGGUGUGUCCAAACUUUUGACUGGUACUAUAUAUACACAGACACAAGUUGUACCUAUACACUACAAACCACUCAAUGGCAUUGUAAUGAUAUUACCCUGAAGACUGGUACCCAGUAGUCACGCGCUGCCAGACCACACCGUAUUCCUUGUUUUGGAGAAACCUAUAAUGGCUGCAGUUUAGGUUAGUUGACCAGAAUUCUGCAGCUGUGACUGGUUGGCUCUUCUUCCAGGUUCCUGUUGGUUCCUUCCUGUAACAAUAUCCUGGUGCUGCCUGAGUGCCUCUUCAUAAACUCCAGCAUCAGUGAUUUUGUUGCAGGGGGGGGACCCCUUCUCUCCAGAAUGACCCCUGCUCUUCCUUUCACUGAUGUCUACAACAUCCACUUAAUGAAGAAUGAGGUCCUGUAUGGCUCAAUUGGUAGAGCAUGGCGGUUGCUAUGCCAGGAUAGUGGGGUCGAUUCCCAGGGCCGCCGAUAUGUAAAAUAUAUGCAUGGAGGAUUGUAAGUUACGUCUGCUAAAUGGUAUACAGUGCCUUCAGAAAGUAUUCAGAUCCUUUGACUUUUUCCACAUUUUCAGCCUUAUUCUAAAAUGGAUUACAUUUGUUUUUUCCCUCAUUAAUCUACACACAAUACCCCAUAAUGACAAAGCAAAAACAGGUUUUUAGAAAUUGUUACUAAUUUAUAAAAAAUAAAAAAACUUAAAUAUCACAUUUACAUAAGUAUUCAGACCCUUUACUCAGUACUUUGUUGAAGCGCCUUUGGCAGUGAUUACAGCCUCUAGUCUUCUUGGGAAUGACGCUACAAGCUUGGCACACCUGUAUUUGGGGAGUUUCUCCCAUUCUUCUCCACAGAGGAACUCUGGAGCGCUGUCAGAGUGACCAUCGGGUUCUUGGUCACCUCCCUGACCAAGGACCUUCUCCCCCGAUUGCUCAGUUUGGCCAGGCGGCCAGCUCUAGGAAGAGUAUUGGUGGUUCCAAACUUCUUCCAUUUAAGAAUGAUGGAGGCCACUGUGUUCUUGGGGACCUUCAAUGCUGCAGAAUGUUUUUGGUACCCUUCCCCAGAUCUGUGCCUCGACACAAUCCUCUCUCGGAGCUCUACAGACAAUUCCUUUGACCUCAUUGGUUGGUUUUUGGGGUAUUGUGUGUAGAUUGCUGAGGAUUCUUAUGUAUUCAAUCCAUUUUAGAAAAAGGCUGUAACGUAACAAAAUGUGGAAAAAGUCAAUGGGUCUGAAUAAUUUCCGAAGGCACUGUAUAUCAUUAUUAGGAAGGGUUUAAAUUGAUUAGUAAUGCUGUACAACAUUUAUUGACUGAAGUUCUGGAAGACUUUUAGUACAGUAUUGAACAUGUCAGACUGUCCAUGGUCUCACCAUGUUAAUUGGACUGCUAUGCAUUUACAUCAAUCAGUUAUCAUCUAAUGUACAAAUGUGUUCUCUGUCUUCCCUGCAGUGACCUGGCCCUGAGAAACUGCCUGCUGACCGCUGAUGUCACAGUGAAGAUUGGAGACUACGGCCUGUCACACAACAAGUACAAAGAUGACUACUUUGAGACAUCAGACCAGAUGUAUGUGCCUCUGCGUUGGAUCGCUCCAGAACUCAUAGAUGAAGUCCAUGGCAACCUUCUGGUGGUGGACCAGAGCAAACAGAGCAACGUCUGGUAAUUAAAGAUUUAAUUAAUCAAUCAAUCAAUCAGCAUAUGUAGUCCAACCUUCUGGUGGAGAGAGCUCAGCUGGUAGAGCAUGGCGCUUGCAAUGCUUCGAUAGUGGGUUCCAUUCUUGGGACCAUGGUAGAGAUAGCAUUCAGAACCCAAUUAUGUAGUAUUACAAUUUCAACCCUAUGGGCCGGUUUCCCUGACCCACAUUCUGCCAUAUCCUGGACUAAGAACAACCUCAAUGCUUUUUAGUCCAGGACUUGGCUAAAUCAAUGUCCAGAAAACCGUCCCUAUCUGGAAACCGACCCCAUAAAAUCUGUGAACGUAAUUAGGGGUUCACAGCAAAGCUGUGAAACCUAUUGUUAUUCUUAGAUUUCAGUAAAAUAACUGAAGCAUAUAUUACUAAGGAUUGGUCAAUAGAAGGCUGAGUUAUUGACUAAUCAAAAAUCUGAUUUUACGUGUCCAUUUAAACCACUGUAAAUCCACUCUGAUCUUGUGUCCUAUCGGUCGUCCUGUGAACCCCGUUCAUUGCUUCUCGCAGCUAUAUUUGCCAAAUGUUUUUCCCAAUAAAUAUAGGUUGUUAUGCUUCACACGUAUUGUUCUUCUGCGGUCUUUAUUUUCUCUCUCAGGUCUCUGGGGGUUACUAUCUGGGAGUUAUUUGAGUUGGGGAACCAGCCGUACAGACACUACUCUGACAGACAGGUCCUGACCUACGCCGUGAGGGAACAUCAGCUCAGACUGCCCAAGCCUCUGCUCAAAAUACCCCUGGCAGAGCGCUGGUGAUUCACACACACACACACACACACACACACACACACACACACACACACACACACACACACAAGGGAAGCAACACAGUGGCACACACACACACAACAACACAAGCACUCUUACUGUUUCUCGUUCUGGGGUUCUUGCUCUGUGUCUCAUCAAUAUCUUCUCAUUCUAGUGGCUCGUUGAGACAGACAUCAUAUGCUUCGUCUCAAAUGGCACCCUAUUCCCUAUCCAGUGCACUAUGGGCUCUGGUCAAAAGUAGCAAAAUAAAUAAAUAAAUAUGACUGAUGUGAUGCAUAAAACAAAAACAAAAUGGAUCCAAUCUCAUUAUCUCUAAAGAUAAUUAUCUCUCAUAGGAUGAGAACAUGCUUGAUUCCUCAUCUCCUCAAUGGAUUCCAAUAAAAAUGCAGAUGCUGUAUUGGUGGUUUUCAUUUCUUUCCUAUUUUAUUUGCGUCCCAAAUGGAAUGCUAUUCCCAAAUGCACCACAGCUGAUAGAUUCAUUUGUGGUUCAUUAUAUCUUCCUACAUGUAUCCCAUGGUUGUUGUAGUGAUUCUUGUGACGUGUGAUAUGUGCCCUCUUGUCCCCAGGUAUGAGGUGAUGCAGUUCUGCUGGCUCCAACCAGACCAGAGGCCCAAUACAGAGGAGGUCCACCUGUUGCUCAGCUACCUGUGUGCCAAGGGGGUCAGCGAGGCCGAGGAGGACUUUGAGAGGCGCUGGAACUCCCUGCGUCCCAACCCCAACCCCAACGCUGGCCCCAGCAGCAGCCUCCACCAUGGGGCCGGAGCCCUGGCCACUGGUACGACAUGUUUAGGGCCACUUUUCAUGGCUUUUUUGUCCGCUGCUGUUUCAAAAGAGAAUCUGCUCACUGCCCUUUUCAGUGUCACUUUAGUUUAUUAAUGGGAAACUUCACCGCUAGUCACUAUUAAGGGUGUUUUCCCAGUCUCCCUACAUCAUUUUGUUUGAUGAGAGGGUGUUUCAGACAUAAUUAUGCACUAUAGCAGCAUUAUUUAUAUUUUUGCCCCAGGAGAGCCUGUUGUCUGAUAAAAAAUGAAAGGAGUCACGUUUUGUAGCAACUAUUGUGGCCUUUGUGUUUUGCCGAUUGCAUGAUCACACUAGCAGUGAGUAGACAUGGUUGUCCUUGUUCAAUAGAACCAUUUGACAUGUCUCAACAAUGUUCCUAUCUGCCAGGACAUUGCAAGAUAUCUUGGUUGACUCAUUUCCCCUGGCUUUGUAAAGACUACAGCCUGACGGGAGCCCUACUUCCUUACUUGUCCAAUUGUUUUCCCACCCUCGAAGGCGUCCUGAAAUUGCUAUGAAUUCUGGAUAUUGUGGUUUGUUUACAACCAGGAAAUGUACCGGUGAGAUGCAGAAAUGCUCGUAUUUGCAUGUUGUGCAAAAUUCUAGAUUUUUAUGACACAUAUUAUACUGUAUGUUUAUAACAUAUUAAUGGAUAUAUAGUGAAAGAGCAGCAGUAAAAUUUUGCUUUAAGCUCUGCUGCUGUUUGAUAUGAAAUGUCCCCUUGGGAAUUAACAAAGUAUCUAUCUAUCUAUCUAUCUAUCUAUCUAUCUAUCUAUCCAUCCGUCUAUCUAUCCAUCCGUCUAUCUAUCCAUCCGUCUAUCUAUCUAUCCGUCUGUCUCUCUGUCUGUCUCUCUGUCUGUCUCCAGAUCUCCCCACCUCGUCCUUCCCCCUGCUGGAGCAGUUCUCUGGAUGUGACGGUUACCACAGCGAAUCAGGAGAUGAUAUACUGACCGUGACAGAGACCAGCCACGGUCUGAACUUCCAGUACAAGUGGGAGCAGACCCAGGCGGGGGUCGGGGUGGAGCAGCCUUACCACCACGCUGCCUCGUCCUCCAGCGGUACACUGGGGGCUGUCAACCACCACUGCCAGGACCUGUACUACCCAGGGGGGAUGGUGGGGGGCUGUGGUGGGGUGGAGACGGAGGGGCUCACUCUGGGGGUGUCGCCUUCCUACUAUGAGCACAAGACGCUGCUUGUUUCUGGGCUCGGGGUGGUGCCGGUGCUCAGCGCCCGUAGUCCUUCACUGAGCUCUGAGUACUAUAUCCGCGUGGAGGAGCCUGGCGUGGACUAUACCAUGUGCUCCUACAGCCCAGACUACCAGGGCAGCAACGGGAGCUUCCUGACUGGGAGUGGCAGUGCAGACUCAGGGGAGUGUAUGAUUGGGAUGGGUGCCUGUCCCCCCCAGGCCCACUCCAAGCCUGUAGACUCCUACUGGUCGGCAGAUGUCUGUAAAGCUGAGGGUGUUGGAGCAUAUGACUCGGACAUCUCCCUGACCAUGGAGCCCCUACUGGGGCAAGUCUCUGACUACAGCCCCCUGAGACCCUGGGAGACUGGUCACUACGUCUCCUACAAGGACUGGGACGGGGGGUUCUACUACGAACACUCACCCCCUAUAGGAAUAGGCCACCACAUGGGUCUGGGUCUGGACCAGCACUACCUUAUGGGGCGGGAACACUCUCCCCCCGAGCCCCACCAGGAGAGCUGGGGGUCCCGUAGCCUGCGUCAGGCCCUGGGGGAACUGGACAACCCCCUGGGGAUAUCACCUUCCAUCAGCACCCCUCCCCAGGGUGGUUGUCCUCCUUUUGGGGUAGGGGACCCCUACAUGGAGACGACCCAGGGCCCAGGCUCCAUAAUCGGGGGGAGUAGCGUCACUGGCGGCUACUAUGACAUGAUGGGUUCUCUGAGGAAAACCAUGCCGACCAUGCCAGGCCAUGCCCACUCAGUCAGCUUCACCAUGGCGUCGGAAGAGGCCCUCUUCACCUGUCAUCGGGACAGAGACUUGGAUGAAGAAGAGGAUAUAUUCUCUGAGAGGCAGAGGAGCAGCAGUAGUAACCUCUCCAACCCCUCCACUAACAACAACAGUCUAGGCCUGGGUCUAAGCCUUGACCGUAGUAGACAGGCUGGCUGUAGACAACAACAGGAUGCCUAUGAAGACUUCCACUACACUAUGCCCACUACCGACAUAGAGGACUCGUGGCCUGAGGAGCACAACCUGACCUCCCGCUCCUCUGUCUCUGCUGCAGUUAAACCCAUAGACUACCUGGAGGCUACGGUGGCUUCGGCUAAAGACAGCGGCUGUCUAGUCCUGGGGAAGCAUCGUGCCCUGGUCCCCGCAGGGGACACCUGCAAUGCCUAUGUCUAUUUGUGCCACGAGGGGGACGGGGAGAGGGAGGUAGAGCCGCCACCCAUCAAGUGCUGCCACUCUCAUUUCGUCGACCCCCUCACAGGCUUAGUGGUGCGGAACUACACCCGGGACGACUACAGAGAUAAGAUUGCAGAGAUACCCAACAACGAGGAAGAGAGUGUGAAUCUGUCGCCAGCACCGGGAGGUCCUAAACCAAUCCUGACGCACAACACUUACACCAACACAACCCCUCUAGGCCACUCUGAGCAGUAUGUUGACAUCACUAUGGACGAUACCCUUUCCAUAGACCACAAGGAAGAGGUUAGUACGGAAGACAAAGGGGUUCUCACAGACCCUAAACCAGAGGAUGUGACUCUGACUAAAACUAUGAUUUCCCCCCUCUCCUCAGUGAAUGUUCCUGGCCUAGUCCCCCUGGUCGAGCCAGAGUCAGAGCUGAGACAUACGUUAGACAGCGGCCUAGACAGAGACCACUGCUCCAGCAUCAGUCUAGUGGACAUCUCCGACUGCUGCACCGACGACGAUGAAGACGAUGACAUCACCGACGCGACCUCAGAGAUCUUCGCCGAUGAGGCGUCGGUUGGGGACCCAAACACCUCCCCGUCCCUGGCCCGUCCCCUCAAGUCCCUGCAGAAGCAGGUGGGAACCCCCGAUUCCAUGGCCUCCAUGGACUCCAUGGACCUGAUGCCUUCAGCGGUCGGCUCCACCUGCGAGGCUUUCAGCCCCGCCUCCAGUUCCUCCCACCCAUCUAGCUCCUCCCCCAAGGCAAUGGACAGCGGGUACGACACAGAGAACAAUGAGAGCCCAGAGUUUGUCCCCAAGGAGCCCCACAACGAGCCUCGGGACACAGAGACAUUCACCCAGCCACUUGGGGAGUCCAUCCUGGAAACCAGCCUGGAUGAGGAGGGGGAGGAAGGGGGAGAGGAGGCCGAGGUGGCCCCACUGGAGGAUGAGGAUGAACCUACCCUGGAUGAAGAUGUGGCUCUAGCAGCCUCACAGACCACAGACAAAGAGAAGGAGCUGACCCCACUCAGUGAGAAGAACCCUUACAGGGACUCUGCCUACUUCUCUGACUAUGAGAACGAGCGCCUAUCCAGGGGUGAGGAGGACGACAAAGUGGGGGGUGAUGAAAAUGUAGGAGUGGAGGAGGGAGAAGAGGACAAGAGGCUGACAGAGAAGAGGGAACUCAGCCCUCUUCAGAUAGAGGAGGAAGAAGAGGAGGGAGAGGAGACCUCAGCUCUUCUUCUGGAGGAGAGUGAAGACCCAGAGAUGGAAGGAUGCCUGACGGAAGAGUGCACCCAGGAUGAAGGGCUAGAGCUGGCCUCCAAUCUCUCUGGAGAAGUAGAGUCAGGGUCGGAGGGAUGGCCUGCCCAGGAGGAACUCUCUUCCCUGGGAGACUGGGCAGCAGAGGUGGUGGGGGCUAUGGAUGAUGCCCUGGGUGAACUCCAGAGGAGCAGCAGUACUGAAACCAACUCUGGUACCAAGGAGGAGGAGGAAGAGGAUGAAGGAGAGCAAAGGGACUCAUCUGAAGCGUUAGAAACAGCAGACAUCCUAGAAGAAUCAUCUAUCAAACUGCCAGACACCCUCGAGAAGGAUACUGAUGACGAAGAGAAUAGACCUCCUGGACAACGUCAACGCUUCUCCUCCUCUCCUCCCCCUCCCUCCUCCUCUCCUCCCCCUCCUUCCUCCUCCUCUCCUCCUCCCUCCUCUCCUUCCUCCUCUCCUCCUCCCUCCUCCUCUCCUCCUCUCCCCCCUAUGACUCCCCCUCCGGGACGGGAGUUGCCAGCGGAUGGGGGGGAGGGGGACAAGGAGGACGGAGAUGGUGACUUGGAUGACAGUGAGUCAGACGAGGAGCUGAGCAGUUACAGUGUUCAGGAGGAGCAGAGUGGAGGGGAGGAGAGCGGGGAGGAGAACCAUGCUGUACCCAUUGUGGUCAGCGACUGUAGCGAUGCUCAUAAUCUACGUAGUCUAUUGAAGAUGCCCAUCCCGCUCACCGCCGAGUUGCUCGCUGAUGACCUGCUGGAACGCAAGAAGAAAGUGGUGUCCUUUUUUGAUGACGUCACCGUCUACCUGUUUGACCAGGUGAGUAGUGGUGGUGGUGGUGGUAUUAGUAGUCACUCACAGAUGAAGGGAAACAAGUUAAAGGGUAGUUCCUGCAUUACAGUAGUUCACUAAGUUCAUGGGAGUUUUUCUGCUUUUCUCAUUAAAUCUAAUUCACAGACAUGAUAUAGGAGAAAUAAGGUAUUUGUUGCCUAGGUAACUUGAAUUAAAUUAGACAUUAUACUGAACUGUAUAUAUAUAUAUAUUUAUUUAUUCACUACAUGACCAAAAGUAUGUGGACAGCUGCUCGUCAAACAUCUAAUUCGAAAAUCAUGGUCAUUAAUAUGGAGUUAGUCCCACCUUUGCUGCUAUAAACAGCCCUCCACUCUUCCGGGAAGGCUUUCCACUAGAUGUUGGAACAUUGCUGCGGGGACUUGCUUCCAUUCAGCCACAAGAGCAUUAGUGAGGUCGGGCACUGAUGUUGGGCGAUUAGGCCUGGCUCGCAGUCGGCGUUCCAAUUCAUCCCAAAGGUGUUCAAUGGGGUUGAGGUCAGGGUUCUGUGCUGGCCAGUCAAGUUCUUCCACACCGGUCUCGACAAACCAUUUCUGUAUGGACCUCGCUUUGUGCACGGGGGCAUUGUCAUGCUGAAACAGGAAAGGGCCUUUCCCAAACUGUUGCCACAAAGUUGGAAGCACAAAAUCGUCUAGAAUGUCAUUGUAUGCUGUAGCGUUAAGAUUUCCCUUCACUGGAACAAAGGGGCCUAGCCCGAACCAUGAAAAACAGCCCCAGACCAUUAUUCCUCGUCCACCAAACUUUACAGUUGGCACUAUGCAUUCGGGCAGGUAGUGUUCUCCUGGCAACCACCAAACCCAGAUUCGUCCGUCAAACUGCCAGAUGAUGAAGCGUGAUUCAUCACUCCAGAGAACGUGUUUCCACUGCUCCAGAGUCCAACGGCGGCGGGCUUUACACCACACCAGCUGACACUUGGCAUUGCGCAUGGGGAUCUCAGGCUUGUGUGCGGCUGCUCGGCCAUGGAAACCCAUUUCAUGAAGCUCCCGACAAACAGUUAUUGUGCUGACUAUGCUUCCAGAGGACGUUUGGAACUUGGUAGUGAGUGUUGCAACCGAGGACAGAUGAUUUUUACGCACUAUGCGCUUCAGCACUCGGCGGUCCCGUUCUGUGAGAUUGUGUGUCCUACCACUUCGCGGCUGAGCCGUUGUUGCUCCUAGAUGUUUCCACUUCACAAUAACAGCACUUACAGUUGACCGGGGCAGAUCUAGCAGGGCAGACAUUUGAUGAACUGAUUUGUUGGAAAGGUGGCAUCCUAUGACGGUGACACGUUUAAAGUCAUUGAGCUCUUCAGUAAGGCCAUUCUACUGCCAAUGGUUGUCUAUGGAGGUUGCAAGGCUGUGUGCUCGAUUUUAUACACCUGCCAGCAACGGGUGUGGCUGAAAUAGCCAAAUCCACUAAUUUGAAGGGGUGUCCACAUACAUUUGUAUAUAUAGUAUAUAUUCAUUUGAAAUGUACACUAGCCAUAGCUGUAAACUCUAUACCGUCCGUUUCCAGCAGAGUCCGACUAAAGAGCUAGCUGAGCAUGGGUUCCCUCCAGGGGCUGAGACCAGCGGACAGGGUUCACAGGUCAAACAACCAACCUCUGAUGACUCCUCAGACGGAAACAUCUCAGAAGAGAGUAAGUACACUAGUCCAGAGUCCACUACUUACAUUGAUUGAAGUCAAAUCGGCAUUUAAUUUCAUAAUAAUUCUCAGAUAUGUAAUAGGCAGAUGUGUCCAAACUGCUUUCUACCUUCCUCCCUCACUCUCUCUUCAUUUCUCCCUACCUUCUUUCCUCCCUCACUCGCUCUUCAUUUCUCUCUCCCUUACUCUCUCUCUCUCUUCAGGUACAGGGUAUGAGUGGGAGGAUGACUUCUCCCUGUUGCCCAUUCCCACUUCCUCAUCCAAGAUGGCUGCCUCCUCCUCAGGCUCAGCCCCCUCCACACCCAGCCUGCCCUCCACUUCCAAGGCCCCGGAGACCAAACCAGCGGUGCAGUACUCCCGCUUCACCGUCUCCCCUAGCCACGUGUCUCGCUUCUCCAUCACACACGUCUCUGACUCUGACAUGGGUUCUGUUCCAGGUGGGUCUGGUGUUUUCUUGACAGCGCACAAACAUGUCUUGAGGAGAACUACUUGUAUGGAUUUUACAUAGUGGAUAAUGAUGCAUUCUGUCUGUCUGUGCAGGGAGCAGUGAGGAUGGGGACAGAGAAUAA